CACUGCACUCCCCCAUCAGCAACUGUGCCUUUUCAUAGAGAAACCUCCCCAAAACCCAGAGCUUUGCAGUUGCAGGGCUUGGCAAUGGCGAUGGCCAUGGCGAUGCCGCCACCGUCCUCACGUCGCCCCCUCCCAGACCUCAUGCUGCUGCUGCUGCUUCUUCAUCUUCUUCUUGGCGGCCCAUGCGCCGUUUCAUCCCUCUCCGUCUCCGCUCCCCCCCACAACCACACCUCCCAGCCCCAGCUGCAGCCAUUGCAGCAGCUCCAGCCUCCUCCUCCUCUCCCCUCUCCCCCGCCACCCUCCGCACCAAGGCCUCCUCACCACCGCCAUCGCACCCCGCCACCCCCCACCCCUCCGCCGCCGCCACCACCACCCACCUCAACCACGCCACCUCCCACCCCCACCCCCACUCCCGCCGCUCCACCUCCACCUCCACCUCCCACGCCCAAGUUCCCCUCCUCCUCCGCCACCCCCACCCCCACCCCCGACGCCUACCCCUUCACCAACUACCCCUUCUUCCCCAACUUCGCCGCCCCGCCGCCCCCCGCGCAGCAGCAGCAGCCAUCCUCCGGCGACGGCGGCUUACCCACAUUCCCGGCCAACAUCUCCACCCUCGUCCACCCCACGCCGCGCGCACCCCGCCGCUUCCCGCUCCUCCAGGCGCUGCUCCUCUCCUUACUCUCCCUCUGCCUCCUCCUCCUCUCCGCGCUCCUCUCCCUCCACCUCUUCCGCCGCCACCGCGCCCGCCCGCCCUCCUCCGCCUCCGCCACGCACCGCCGCACCCACGACGAUGACGACGACGGCGACGGCGAUGAGGAGGGCCGCCGCCUCAAGCCGCCGCCGAUGCCCACCUCCUCCUCCAACCCCAGCACGGAGUUCCUAUACCUCGGCACCCUCGCCGCGCCGCAGCAGCCCCCGACCACCUCGCAUCUCCGUCCGGGAUCGCCAGAGCUCCGCCCUCUCCCGCCGCUCCCCCGCGUUGGCCCACCUUCCGGCGAGUUCGCCUCCCGCAGCUCCGCCUCCGACCCCAGCACCGCGCCCCCCGCCGCCGCGGAGGCAUCGUCGUCGUCGCUCUCCCCUUCCUCGCCGUCGGCCUCCUCCCCCACGCUCGGCUCCAGCCCGGUCCAUCUCCGCCCGCCGUCGAUCCCGCAGCCGCGUGGGCGAGCCCCCAAUCCAUCGCCCCCGAAGCGGAGGCCGCAGCCUCCGGAGCCAAUGGCUGCGCACGCCUGGAACCCCUUCGUCCCCACGCCGCCUCAGGCACCUCCCUCGGAGGAGGAGGACUCGCCGUCGGAGAAGAGCAUGCGCAAGUCGCGGCCUUUGCACUCGGAUAAGCUCAAGCCCGGGUCUUUGCACACGAAGGAUGAGAUGAUCCACCUAUACCUGAACAACUCCACCAUGGCGGCGGCGAUGCCGAGGGAGGUGUGCCUACUGGGUGCUCCAAGGUGCCAUGGCAUCGGCAUGCUGGUGGGAGCAUUGGGUGUUUCCAAGGAGCAAGUGCGCGAAGCCCUCAUGGAAGGUAAUGCACAUGGUUUGGGAGUUGAAGCUUUGCGAAUGCUCAUGCAGAUGACCGUCACCAAUGAGGAAGAGCUUAAGCUGAAAUAUUUUAAGGAUGAUCCGUCCAUCAAACUUUGCCCUGUAGAAGCUUUUCUGAAGGCAAUGCUGGAUGUGCCAUUUGCGUUCAAGAGAAUGGAUGCUAUGCUCUAUAUUGCCAACUUUUAUUUGGAGGUCAAUCAGCUCAGGAUGUCAUAUGCUACUCUUGAGGCAGCUUGCCAGGAGCUGAAAAGUAGCAGAUUGUUCCACAAGGUCCUUGAGGCUGUCUUGAACUUUGGCAACUUGAUGAGUAUCAAUACAGGAUCUCCAAAUUCGCAUGCCAUGGAGCCCAACACUCUUCUAAAGAUCGUUGAUGUGAAAGGAGCUGAUGGCAAGGCUGCUCUCCUGCAAUAUAUUGUCCAUGAAAUUGUGAAACCAGAAGGGCACAAUCCGUUAUACAAAACAAAUGCGAGUACUACCAUGCAGUAUGAUGUGGAGUGCAGAAAGCAUGGUGUUCAGGUUGUGUCCAAACUCACGGCUGAGCUGAGCAAUACCAAGAAAGCUUCAUCCAUUGAUAUGAUGAAGCUCAGCAGAGAUGUUUCAGAGCUUGGCGUAGGGCUCGGAAAGAUCCAUGACGUGUUGAGGCUAAACAGCAUGGUCACCUCAGCUGACAGCGCGAGGAGGUUCCACAACACGAUGAGCAUGUUCCUGAGGCAGGCAGAGGAGGAGAUCCUAAAGCUUCAGGCCCAGGAGAGCAUCUGCCUGUCUUGUGUGAAGGAGGUGACAGAGUACUUCUUCCAAGGUGAUUCAAGCGGCGAGGAAGGGCAGAUGGUGAGGGUUUUCGGCGGUGUGAGGGAGUUCCUAGCCAUGCUGGACAGAAUCUGUAAAGAAGCUGGGGAUGAGAUGAAGAAGAGCAGUGGUUACAUGGGUAGAGACUGGAAUAUGGCUGCGCCAAUGGGAAUGACAACGCCUUGAGCUGCAGGCUGGCAAAUUGUCAUUGCCAUCUCAUCUCUUUGUUGCUAUUAAUUUUGUAGCAUAUAUGAAUGGAGAUUAUGUUUCCUACCGCACAAUUGAUGGCAAAUCUAUAUAGCUAUAUGCAUGUAAUGUUCUAGAUCUUGUAUAAAGUAGUAGCAAGCAUACUGGUAUGAUGGUAUGGAUCUUUUCUGCCUGGAGUAUCAUCUCUCCCUAGUUUGAUGAGAAUGCUGCUCUUUGAUCCUGGAGUUGUACACGGCAAUGGUUAAUUGGCUGCUAUUGUCCUCCAUGAUUCCACCAGUGAAUGCCUGGUGGGAUGGGAUGAAGAGGCUCAAAAUUAGAAAUUGUUUAACUGGCUGAGUUUUCUCUAGGUAGAUCAAGUAU